GUUUUCUCAAUGUUUUGAUUCAAUUCAAUUGACCGGUUUUGCUUUUCAAUUUCUUAAUUGUUUCCCUUUUGUGAUUGUGAUUAAUUUGCGUUUCUCUUUGUCCAUGAUUAUUUCUAAAUUAUCGGGAUCUCGGGGGUUAUCUUGUUGUACCAAUUUGUUGCAACAAUUGAUGAAAAAUGAGCCCUCCAAGGUUGGAUUAUGGUUGUUAAUGAAUCGGACAUUUAUGUCUUCCUCCCAGCGAUUAGCUCGAUCAACAUCAACUCUUUCACGAUUAAAUUAUGGUCUAUCGGGUAUAACAAUUGCAUCUCCAAGUUCUUCUAUAGUAUAUGAUGUGAGAAGAAAUUUUUGUAACGCUCCUAAACGAGAUGACGAUGAUGAUGAUGGUGGAGUUUACAAUAAGGAAGCUGUUGAUCAAAAUUCUGACGAACCUGAUCUGGUUAUUCCCGAAACUGUUCCCAAUACUCUUGCUACUAUGGUUGUUCCUGAUUAUUGGCCUUAUGUACCUUUAAUUGCUAUCCAAGGGACACCAGUUUUUCCUAAAUUUUUAAAGAUCAUUGAUGUUACCGAUCCCAUGUUAACUGCUCUAAUCAAACGUAAAGUGAGACUUAAUCAACCUUAUGCUGGAAUAUUUCUUCGUAAAGAUGAGAAUAGUCAAUCUGAGGUUGUUCAAAGUUUGGAUGAUGUUUACCCGGUUGGUACUUUUGUCCAAAUUCUUGAAAUACAAGAUCUUGGGAACAGAUUGAAAAUGGUUGUCCAAUCUCAUCGACGAAUUAAAAUAGUUCGUCAAGUUCCUGAUGAUAUUGAUACGAAUGGUGAUAAAUUGAGGAAACGACGUUUCCGUCGAAAGCUUCUUGUAGAUGGUUCAGGUGAAAAUGGUGAAAUUUCCAAUGUUCUAAUGGUUCAGGUUGAAAAUAUGACUGCCGAUAAAUUCACCAUGACUGAUGAGAUUAAAAAGUUAACCCAUGAGAUUGGAAAGAUUAUCCGAGAAAUUAUUGAACUUAAUCCACUGUAUCGCUAUUCCUUAGCUCAAAUGUUACAAGGACAAAGAGUUGUUGAUAAUCCAGAUUAUCUUUCUGAUCUUGGUGCUGCAUUAACGGGAGCUGAUCAACAAGAACUUCAAAAAGUAUUGGAGCAAAUGGAUGUUCCCAAAAGAUUGGAAGUAGCUUAUAAUCUGUUGAAAAAAGAGUUAGAAUUAAGUAAUUUACAGCAAAAGAUUGGUAAAGAAGUAGAGAAAAAGGUGAAAGAGGAACAUCGAGGUCAAAUGUUACACGAACAGAUGAAGUUGAUUAAAAAAGAAUUGGGCCUAGAAAAAGACGACAAGGAUAAUUUGGAAGAAAAAUUUCGUUCUCGUCUCAAAGAUCUUACUGUUCCAAAGCAUGUAAUGGAUGUGAUUGAUGAAGAGCUGAACAAAUUAUCUCUUUUGGAUAAUCAUUCAUCAGAAUUCAGUGUUACCCGUAAUUAUCUCGACUGGUUAACUAAUCUUCCCUGGGGUAAAAGUAGCGUGGAAAACUUUGACCUUGAUCGAGCGAAAAUAGUCCUUGAAGAAGAUCACUAUGGUAUGGAAGAAGUUAAAAAAAGGAUUCUCGAGUUUAUCGCUGUGAGUUCACUUCGAGGUAAAGUUCAGGGUAAAAUACUUUGUUUCCAUGGUCCUCCCGGUGUUGGUAAAACAAGUAUAGCAAAAUCAAUAGCUAGAGCUUUGAAUCGAGAAUAUUUUAGAUUCAGUGUUGGAGGAAUGACCGAUGUAGCCGAAAUUAAAGGACAUCGACGAACCUACGUCGGUGCUAUGCCUGGAAAAAUAAUCCAGUGUUUAAAGAAAACAAAAACCGAAAAUCCUUUGGUACUAAUUGAUGAAAUUGACAAGAUAGGUCGUGGUUAUCAAGGCGAUCCAUCAUCAGCCCUAUUAGAAUUACUUGAUCCUGAACAAAAUGCCAAUUUCUUAGAUCACUAUUUAGAUGUACCAGUCGAUAUUUCCAAAGUACUUUUCAUAUGUACAGCAAAUGUUUUAGAUACAAUUCCGGAACCUCUUCGUGAUAGAAUGGAAAUCAUUGAGUUGACUGGUUAUGUCGCUGAAGAAAAACUAGCAAUUGCAGAGCAAUAUCUUAUUCCACAAGCACAAGAAUCGUGUGGAGUAAAUUCUGAAAGAAUUGAAAUACCCAAAGAAGUUGUUCAAUCUCUAAUCCGUUCCUAUUGCCGAGAAAGUGGUGUCCGUAAUUUACAGAAACACAUAGAAAAGAUCAUGAGAAAAGCCGCUUUUAAAAUUGUACAAAAGGAAUCAAAUAAAGUAGAUGUUAAUCCAAACAAUUUACAAGAUUUUGUUGGUAAACCGAUUUUCACUCAGGACAGAAUGUACGAGAUUACACCUCCCGGUGUAGUUAUGGGCUUGGCUUGGACGGCGAUGGGAGGAUCGGUCUUGUACAUUGAGACUUCUUUAUAUCGACAAUUAAAGAAACAAGAAGGCAAAGAUGCUAAAAAAGUGAAUGGAUCAUUAAAAAUCACUGGACAUUUAGGUGAUGUCAUGAAAGAAUCAGCUGAUAUAUCUUAUUCAGUUGCUCGACAUUUUGUCUCCAAGAUUGACAGUACCAAUGACUUUCUUCAUAAAGCUCAUAUUCACCUUCAUGUACCCGAAGGUGCAACUCCUAAAGACGGACCGAGUGCUGGAUGCACCAUGGUCACCGCUCUAAUAUCCUUAGCAUUGAACAAACCAGUUCGAAACAAUCUUGCAAUGACCGGUGAGGUUUCGUUGACGGGCAAAGUUUUACCAGUUGGAGGAAUUCGUGAAAAAACAAUCGCUGCCAAGCGAGCCAAUGUCGAUUGUCUAAUUUUACCAAGUGAGAAUCGUAAAGACUUUUCCGAUUUACCCGAUUAUAUUAAAAGUGGCCUAGAAGUUCAUUUCGUUGACAAUUACGAGCAAAUCUUUAAACUGGCUUUUCCUGAUGUCGUAUAACCAAUAAUUAUAGUCACAAAAAAAAUCGGAAAAACAUGAUACAAAUCAGAAUAUAUGAUAAAUUGCAAAAAAAACUGAUCCAAUUUCACAAAUUGUAAAGAUAAAUUAACAAAUUGUUGAUCACAAUUAACCUUAAUUUCUAUUAACUUAUAUAUUUACAUUUUAGUUUACGUACCCGUUUUUUUUUUGAUGAUAAAAUUAGUUUUUACAAUAAACUUUGUACAUUAUGUGA